UGUAUGUUGAUUGGGCGUUGUAAAUGGGAGAUUUUAAGGAUGUGUUUUUAUUUAAAGGCAGUAUAAAUUACCAAUACAUGCAAUUGUAAAGUAUAAAUAAAGUUGUCCGGUCUAGAUAUCUCAUUCACAACGCCUAAGAUGCUAUAAACGGUUCGCGUUCAUUGCUAUUAAACUGCAAUCUUGUAAUUGAUUUUACAAAAGUGUCUCGAUCAAAAAGUAGUGAUGCCGGAGCAAAGCAAUGAUUACCGUGUUGUUGUAUUUGGUGCAGGCGGUGUUGGUAAAAGUUCGUUAGUGUUGAGAUUUGUUAAAGGUACCUUCAGGGAAUCAUAUAUUCCAACGAUUGAAGAUACUUACAGACAAGUCAUAAGCAGCAACAAAACUAUAUGCACUCUUCAGAUAACUGACACAACAGGGUCACACCAGUUUCCAGCAAUGCAAAGGUUAUCUAUUAGUAAGGGGCAUGCUUUCAUACUGGUGUAUUCAGUUAGCAGUCGGCAAUCGUUGGAGGAAUUGAAGCCAAUAUGGCAGACAAUAAAAGAGAUUAAAGGUGCAGAAUUACCAAAUAUACCUGUCAUGUUGGCUGGUAACAAGUGUGAUGAGACUCCUGAGAUACGGGAAGUAUCAGCUGCCGAGGGUCAGGCUCAGGCUCAAAAUUGGGGAGUGUCAUUCAUGGAAACUUCCGCGAAAACUAAUCAUAAUGUCACACAGCUUUUCCAGGAGCUGCUUAACAUGGAAAAGAAUAGAAAUGUGUCACUUCAAGUUGAUGGAAAGGGUAAGAAGAAAAAGGAUAAAGUUGUUAAAGAUGGUGGUGAACCAUCGGCUAGUGGUAGAGAGAAAUGCCUUGUCAUGUAAUUAUUAUUAUUAAUUGGUAAUAAUAACAUCUUAAAAGUAUCAAGUAAUAAGCAACAUUGUGUAAUAAAAAUGACAAUAUUUGAGUAUAUUAAGAUAGUUUCUCUUAGAUUCAUCACAAUUCAGAUCCAUGCCAUAUAAAACAUCUUUCAUUACAUAAUGUAAAUUCUUGUUAUGCUAUUUAGCUACAUGUAAGUCAAUUUAAUAUUCUACUGUAAAAUAUUAUUAAAUUAGUAUAUUUUAAUGCCACUGUCAUAAAAUUACACACUUUUUUUUUUUCGUGUAGUGGAUAUUAUUUAUAAUCUGUUUAUAUCAGUUGUAAUGAUUGAUUUUUAUAUGAUUAAUGCCUGAUGUUGUUUAUUACUUAUACGAUAAAUAUUGUAAUUUUUCUAGUCACAAAUCCAAAUUUAUUAGGAUUUAAAUUAUUUGUUACAUUACAUUACAUUAAUAUGAUAAUUUCAUGCCUAUUAUAUUAUUUUUCAUGUACUUAUGGUCCCUAGUGUUGAAAUGUAUAUUUUGCUAUUAAGAAUUAAUUAUUUACACUAGUUGCAUAUUACAUAAUAUUAUUAUUAAUAAUGACUGAGAUGACACUUAUCGAAUGGUAAAUUCCAUUUUAUAGUGUAAAUUACAACGAAAUGAUGUCUCUAGGACAACUGUUAUGCAUUAUAUGCUGAUUUAUUGAUGAUCAUGUUGUAUUUGAAGUAACAUUAAGGAUGGUUAAUGAUUAUAGUACCUGAAAAUAGAACUGUUUCAAGCUUGCCUCGAAUGUGGAUCAUAACGUAACUGUCAACUCACUGAUCUUUCAUGACUAUAAUUAUCGUAAUAAUCAUUACGGCUUUUGGUACACUUGAAUAAGAGACAAAAUCUUUUUUUUUCUAGUCAUUUAUGUUAUAGAGAUAUGUUUUAGUUAGGUUAAUAUUGAAUUGCGUUUUAACAGUUAGUAAACAAACUUCUCAGUUCAACAUUAAUAGUUGUAUAUUAGUCAGAAAUUGUGAUUUUUACUAUAUGAGCAGCUCAAAUAAAAUAAUCAAAAUUUAUUUACGAAGUAAUAAAUACUUGCUUUUAAUAUCAUUAGAUGCUUAGACCCUAAGAUGUCAUUGUUAGAUACCACAAUGUGCCAAAAAGAAAACAAAUUGCUUUAAUUUUUUUUUUUUACAACCGUAAAGUUUCUUCAAUACAGGUCAAACAUUCAAGGAGUUUACUAUCUAAGUAAUAGUUUCCAUUGAAUAUUAUUUGAAGAAUAAUAGAUACCGUAGUAAACCAUUUAUUGCUAUCACAAUGACAUCUUUUUCUUUUUAUUAACUGUCAUAAUUAAUGAGUAUUUUAAAUGUAGCAUUCGCUAGUUUUUAAUGCACUUUAUUUAAUAUCAUUCACUUACAUAUCCAAUUAGAAUUGUCCAUAGAUUAACAUUUUAUCUAGUCGAUUAUCCUUAUCAUGUAUGUAACUCAUAGUGAGGUUAUCCUUAGGGAAGGUAUUUAUACAUAGGAAAGUUGAUUUGUAUAGUGUUGCUUAGCAAGCAGCGGUAGGUGAUAAUUAUUAUUAUAAAUGGGCAAUUCGCGAGGCUUGAAGAGCGGUAUUUGUCUAUGACAUUCCAGUUGUUAUACAAAAAAUUACUUAUUCAAAUAAAUACCAAACAUUGCCUUGUGAUCAGAAUUCAAAGAAUUAGAAUUAAAGAGAGAUUGUUGAAUAGUUAAAACUGGACCAAAGUUUUUUAAUGUUGUUUGAUGUAUUUUUAACUGUUUGUUUUAUAUAUUAUGUGUUGAUUAUGAUUGAAUCUUGUUUAAUGUGGUAUGUACAUGUUAGUUGUAUUUGGGGCUCAAUCAUAUAAUAAAAUGUUGUAUGAUAUGAUAUUUACAACAUUUUACUUGUUAAUAAUAUUCUUUAAUUAUGGUGAUAUAAUAUUCAUUAAUAAAUUACAUGAUUGAGCUUCCUCUAUCUUCCAUUGUUUUGAGCGCGAUUAUGUUUUGUUUGUUAAAACUUUAACACAUUUUUGAGUGUAUUCAGAUUGUUUUCAAAAAUAUCUAUCUUUGAAGUCAAGUUCUGCUCUCUGUCUAAGCUUCUAAUAAAUGAUCUCAUUCUUAAUAGUUCUAAGAUUUCCAUUUCUUUAAAAGACGUAUGAGAGGGAGGUGAGUUUGGCGCAAUUGUCCUAUUUAUAUAGAUGCGAUUAUGGAAGCUUACUCUUAGCACAAGCUUGAUUAGUUUAGCUUUCCGACUAUUCUCUUGAAAUAAAUAGUUUGUUAUUAAAUAAUAAAUGGCACAUCGAAUUUAACAUGCUCUGAUUUUUUGUAAAAAAUAUAUUUAAUAUUUAUGACAGUCAUUUACCAAUUGAAAUUAUCGGGCCGUUGUCACUUGUCAGAAUUAUGUUACUAUUAAAAAGUACAGAUUAAAAAAUAAAACAGC